AUGGGGCAGGGAAGCUCGAAGAAGGACAAUGUCGGCGCGCACCUGCGAGAGCAGGCGAGGUUCGUGAAGCGCAUGCAGGAGUACCUUAAGAGGCUUGAUAAGCUCUUUGCGGAAUGGGAGAAAGUCCACCGGGGCCUUACCCGCGCGUCAGAUUCUUUCUUUGUCUCGGGCUGCCAGUACCGCGAUAGCAUCGUGGCCAUCACGCACCAAAUGCAAAUCUUCGAGAAGGCGCGGGCGGAUCUGCAUCCGCAGAUUGUGGCUGUCGGGCGGACUGCCGAGGAGCUUUUAAGAAAGGCCAAGAACCUCGAGAAACUCGUUGACGACCGAGACAAGCUCUCUCGAAAAGUGACGACGCAGUCUCAGAGGCUCGAAAAGUUGAAAACGAAAAACUCUAUGCGCCCAGACCCGAAAACAGAAAACGACAUCCAGAAGGUGGAGGAGAGGCUGAACAACGCGAUCAGCCAGUACAAGCUGAAGGAGCUCGAGACUCAGUUCGAGACCAACAACGCCAUGAACACCAAGUACCUCGACGCUAUGACUUUGGUCAGCCGAAGCGUGCUGAUCGCUAUCAAAUUUCUUCGUUUGACAACUCCUGAGAUGUUGAAGGCGGAGGCGGUUCUGAGCGCAGCGGCGACGUCUUCGUUCCCGUGCGGGCCCAUUCCGGUCGCUUCCGACUCCGCUCCUCAAUCAGAGACGCGGCUCUCACCGGCCCGGGCCCUCACGACCGCCCAGAGCUCGCCGGCGCAGGUGGGCCCUGGGCCCGGCGUGGGGGCCGAGUGGGGAAGUCGCGGGCAGUCUGCGGGCUCGCAGGGGAAUGUUUUGUCUGGCAGCAGCUACGCUCACACGCGCGCGGCAGAGCCCCCGAGCGGCGCUCCGGAGCGCGCUGCCUCGGGGCCCAAUUACCCCGAGAACGCGUCCUCCCCUCCAGAGUCGAAAAACCCUUUCGAGGGGGAGGUGUAUGAGGCGGAGGCGUAG